AGUGUACCUCGUACACUUAAAAUUCUUGCUAACAAUUGAACUGAGACAUGUUAGUAUCUAGUUCGUAUCCAAAGAAAAGCCACCAACAAGACAGCUUCUACAAGCUCCCACUCAUAUGGAAGAAAUGCACCGACCUCCAAUCCCUGAAGCAGAUCCACGCCUCCAUGGUCGUCAAAGGCUUCACCUUCAACACCACUACUUCCCUCACACAACUCCUUUUCUGCACUGCAAUGUGCACUUUUGGCCCCACAAUACAUUAUGCACGCAAAGUGUUCGAUCAAAUUCCCGAACCAGAUACUUUCAUGUGGACCACCAUGAUCAGGGGUUUGGCUCAGGGCCCUGAUCCCCUGCAGGCGGUUGCACUGUACACCAAAAUGGCUGCACGUAAAGUGAGCCCCGAUAGCUUCACUUUCUCUUUUCUAAUCAAAGCUUGUACUAGGCUUUUGUGGGUCAAGACCGGUUCUAUUAUUCAAGGGAAGGUUUUGAGGCUUGGAUUUGGUUCUAAUAAGUUUGUUAGGAAUAGCCUUUUGCGUUUUCAUGCUGAUUGUGGUGAUUUGAAGAUUGCACACCAUUUGUUUGAUGAUGGGGCAAAGGAGGACGUGGUUGCAUGGUCAGCCCUUACAGCCGGCUAUGCAAGGCGUGGGGAUUUGCAGGCUGCGAGAAAGCUUUUUGAUGAAAUGCCAGAAAGGGAUUUGGUUUCUUGGAAUGUGAUGAUCACGGGGUAUGCAAAGGGAGGGGAUAUGAAGAGUGCAAGGAAGCUUUUUGACAAGGUUCCUGAGAGGGAUGUGGUUACUUGGAGCACCAUGAUCUCAGGGUAUGUGCUUGGUGGCAUGAAUAAAAAAGCAUUGGAGUUAUUCGAAAUGAUGAUGAGGAUUGGGGUUUGCCCCAAUGAGGUGACAUUGUUGAGCAUUUUGUCUGGUUGUGCUGAUUUAGGAGAUUUGGAAAUUGGCAAGAAGAUACAUGAGAAGAUCUUGGAGAUUAGUGCCGGGGAGCUCAGCACUUUGUUGGGGAAUGCUCUUGUGGAUAUGUAUGCCAAGUGUGGAAGCAUAGUUAAGGCACUUGAAGUGUUCCGGUCGAUGAGGGACAAGGAUGUGACCUCAUGGAACUCUGCCAUCUGCGGAUUGGCUUUUCAUGGCCAUGCCAAAGAGUCUAUUGAUCUAUUCCGAGAGAUGCAGAGGACCGAAUUUUGUCCAGAUGCAAUCACCUUCCUUGGUGUUUUGAUAGCUUGCAGUCAUGCUGGGAAAGUGGAUGAGGGUUGUCAAUUUUUUGAUCUUAUGAGAAUUAAGUAUAACAUUGAACCAAACAUUAGGCAUUUUGGGUGUAUAGUGGACAUGCUAGGGCGUGCCGGACGUUUGAAGGAAGCAUUUGUCUUCAUUGCAUCAAUGAAGAUGAAACCUAGUGCAACCAUUUGGAGGACCCUGCUUGGGUCUUGUAAAGUUCAUGGAGAUGUGAACUUGGCGAAACGCGCAAAUGAAGAGCUGCUUAAGAUUAGGAGGGAUCAAAGUGGCGACUAUGUUCUGAUGUCUAAUGUAUAUGCUUCACAAGGUGACUGGGAUGAGGCUGAGAGGGUAAGGAAGUUGAUGGAUGACAAUGGCGUAAGGAAGAAUCAUGGGUCUAGCUUAGUUGACAGUAAAAGAGAACCAAACUUUAUAACACCCCCGGCACAUUUAUCAGCAUUAUUAUAGA